AUUAUCAUCAAAGUAUUAAUCAUAAAUGUUGAAACACUUUGUUGUUCAUGUUCUUUGAGAAUAUUCUUCGUAAUUAUAAACAUGAACCAAUCAGACUAGCCCAAGACUGAAUGUUGGCUCCCAGGUUUGAGUGCCUUUAUGGUUGUACUAUGGCUCACAGAGGCUGGAGUUGUUUGGGGGGAGGUGUGGACGGUUGUGUGUGUGUUAAAUUAGAUUUCUAGGAAACUCCACACUUGUGCGUAGAAGUCAAGCCUUCUUUGCUUGCCUGAGGAUCCCUGCAGUGAUCUGCCUUCCAAUUAAGCCGGUAUCAAAGAGAACUGGUUUAGAUACUGGUUUAGAUGUUCAUCACUGUUCAGCAUAUGGGUUUCUUGCCCUUAAUGUCUGUUGCACAUAUUUUAGGCAUCUGUACUGUUGAAUGCUAUGUUCUGUUAACUCCAGGGGCUUCCCGUUUACAAGAUGCCACAUCCACCUUGCCGGUAAACAAAAUCCAUUACUGAGUACCCGUUUACUUUUUAAUUUUCUUUUUUUUUUUUUUCAUCUUGAAGCAAAGGGUAAGAUGAUGGCAAGAAAUGGGGUGAUUUUUUUUUUUUCUUUUUUUUUUUUUUUGGUAAAACCAUCUAAAAGUGAUUUGUGAACCAUGAACUUGUUCAGAGCACCUGGUGUAGCGGAAUAGAAGAGACAGGCUAUUGGUGUUAAGUGCACAACCUUUUGGCUUAGGGUCAUGUGUCAUAUCGACUCUGCAUUUGGUUUUGUUCUAAGCUGUAAUCUGUUUGCUAACGAGCGCUCUUAAUUUCAUUCGAAAUGUUAUCUUCAAGUGUGCCACCGUUGAUUGCUUUAUUACCAGCACUAAAACUACCUCCGGAAACACGCAUUAGAUACACGCCCUGAUGCUUGAUUACAUGAUCAAAGUUGAUCCAAGCUCCUUUAUCUGAUCCGGCAUCCUGUCAGGAGAGUGCUUCAAACUGUGGAUGUUUUUGGCAAAGGGGGUGGGGUUUGGGGGGGGGGGGUGGAACAAUGUCCAAUUUAUCACCAUUUUUUUUCUUUUAAAAUGCAUUUCAACACUUUUGACCCAUCCUAGGGUUUUUCUUUAACAGCAAAAAGUGUUGCUUUGUUGUAGAUCAGAGUGAGGGAAUUACAACCCCUGCACGGAUGUGUAACCUAGUGAGACUUCAAGUUCAAAGUGCAGAUAAGCCGUUAUAUCGAGGGACGCACCAUUGCUUCCAGUCCAUCAUUCGACAAGAGUCCGUUUUAGGGCUGUACAAAGGCAUUGGUUCCCCUAUGAUGGGUCUGACCUUCAUCAAUGCCAUUGUCUUCGGUGUCCAAGGCAACACCAUGCGCUUGCUGGGCAAAGACACGCCUCUAAACCAGUUUCUGGCGGGAGCCGCCGCGGGGGCUAUCCAGUGCGUCAUCUGCUGCCCGAUGGAGCUGGCCAAGACGCGCAUGCAGAUGCAGGGCACCGGAGAGAAGAAGUCCUCCAGGAAACUCUACAAGAACUCUCUGGACUGUCUGGUGCGAAUUUACAAGAAGGAAGGCGUCCGCGGAAUCAACCGAGGUAUGUUGUCGACAGUCGUUCGGGAGACCCCUGGAUUCGGGGUGUACUUUUUGACCUACGAUGUGCUGACGCGCUCUCUGGGCUGUGAGCCGGACGACCUUUACAUGAUCCCAAAGCUCCUCUUCGCCGGCGGAAUGUCCGGGAUCGCCUCCUGGAUAUCCACCUACCCCGUGGAUGUGAUCAAGUCCCGCCUCCAGGCGGACGGCGUGGGCGGGGUCAACCACUACAGCGGUAUCAUGGACUGCGUACAAAAGAGCUAUCAGAAGGAAGGUUGGAGGGUGUUCACUCGAGGUCUCACCUCCACCCUCUUGAGGGCCUUCCCCGUCAACGCCACCACCUUCGCCACGGUCACGCUCUUCCUUCUUUACAUGAGGGGGGAUGAAACGGGCAUGAAAGACUGCGAGCCUGCCCCCCAGCCCUUACGCCAGCAGCAGGUCCAGCCUACCAGCCUGUGAACAAGGGCCCGCUAGCACCCCCGUGUGGCGUGGAGGUCACCCUGCACCUUUUGUUUGAUCGGACUUGAAUGACUGGCCAUGCUAUGCUGCAAAGAAGUUUGUAUGAUUCACAGUUGAAAACUGUGUUUGUAAAUACAAUCAGUCCGUUUAUGUUUUUUUUUUUCUUUAGGUUUAAAUAGAGCUCAAAACACCCUUUUUUUAAAAAAAAAAAAUCUUUUAUAUGUGUAGUUAUUUUGAAAUUGUGAAGAACAAACACCCACGCAUUCAUUGGUUGCCUCAAGGAAUUUUUGUAUCAAAAAAUAGUUAAGGAACAGAUGAGUUGAUUUACAGAUGCCUUUUGUCCAGGCUCAUAAAGAAUAAAACCAGUGAAAAGGUAGGAUUUGGAUCUACCCUGUUACAUGUUCUGGAGGUGUGAUGGGUCAUCAACUUUCAUCCAAAAUGAUUCUGAGCUUUUGCUCUGGCUAAGAGGAUCACUCCCAGGGGUUCACUUAAAGUUAAGCAUUUGAAAUUCAGUCUCAUUUUGAAAUGUGGAAUCUGUGAAGGGAAAUCUCUGUUUCAAAAAUUCCCUCUGAAAUGAGGGGAACCACAAACACGGACAUUUGUUCGGGGGGGCGAAGACCUUCAGCCGGUUUUCCCCGAAUGGGUCUGUGAAGUAUAAGCAGACAACUGUAUUGUCCAUUAAGAUCAACAGACAGAAAAGGUCUGAAACAAAGACAUUGUCCUGUAUGUGUUUUGCUUCUCCGCUGUCUAUAAAUUGUGGAGCGUUUCUCAACUACAGCUUAAUUCUCACUUGACUAUAAGUUAUGUGUAUCUCCCAGUCUGUAUGUGUCUGUGUGUUCACACUUGUGUCCCACCUGUAUGUUUUUACCCAGAUGCUGUAUGUAAAUGGUUUUGCUUUUUUCUUUUUUUCCUUUUCUUUUCCUUUUUUUCCCUUUUCUUUUCCUUUUUUUUUUUUUUUA